CUAGUCUAUUAUUAAACUGUCCAGAAACAGACAAGCUAGAGACCCAGCUGUGCCACUACCCGUGCCAGUGUCCCGAGGAUCUCUUCUGCCAAGACGGAGUGGCGGUCAUCAAGGACGGUUGCAGCUGCUGCUACAUGUGUGCUCGACAGAGAGGCGACCUGUGCUCCGCUAGGGACCUCUGCGACACCGCCAAGGGACUCUUCUGUGACAGAAAGGACGGCAAUUUGCUGGGCACCUGCAGAGGCAAGGACAAGAACCCGUGUCUGGUGGAUGGGAUCCUGUACAAUGACGGGGAGAAGUUCCAACCCGAGUGCUCACAGCUGUGUACCUGCCAGAACGGCUUCUACGGCUGCGUCAACAUCUGUCCACAGGAGUUGCAGAAACCCUCAGAAUUGACCUGUCACGAGCCAAAACUUCGCCAGGUCAAGGACAAUUGCUGCAAGGAGUGGACCUGCCAGAAAAUGGAGGCCUCGGGAACUUCUGUCCUGGCCAACAGCGGCCUGGAAAGUGAAAAUUUGGUUCUUCACAACAUGUCCUGUAACACCUCAUUGGCCGAAGCACCCUAUCAAUCAUGCUACAAGAAGACAACUGACUGGACACCUUGCUCUGUGUCUUGCGAUGUGGGCGUGUCCAUUCGGAUCGUCGUGGAUACAAACACAUGCAAUAAUUACCAAGAACUUCAGCUCUGCUAUCUCCGCCCGUGUACAGAAAAUUCGGAAAUUAUGAACCAGGAGAAGUGUACUGCAACCAGCCGGCGGAGCUCCCGCCGUGUGCACAUUAGAUACCAGGACUGUCUCUCAGUCAGAGACUACAGCCUCAAGUUUUGUACUAACUGCAAGACAAACAAAUGUUGCUAUCCUCGACGGACUCGAACACGAGCCAUGGAGUUUCAGUGUUCUGAUGGAAAAAGAGAAGUCUACAACUACAUGUGGAUCAAGAGAUGUCAUUGUGACAAGACCUGCAACCCACGGCAAAGCUCCUUACGACAGCAAUCUGGUGGCUGGAGACACAGCUCACGACAUCCAGGUGGUUCCUGGAGACCGGGCAGAAAGACCAGGAGAAAGAAGAAUCGACGGAGAAGGAAAUACCACACAUAA